UAUCUUUGACAUGUGGUAUAAUGCAUCAAUUUGUGGUUAACAGCUGAAAUCCGGCUUACAUGUCUAUAUAAAUGGCACUUUCGUCGAAUUUGAUAAGCAUCUGGACCAACAUUGGCUGCAUCGGCUCUUGUAUACGAUAACAACAAUGGCUCAUCCUUCUCUGGUAAGAUGUUGCUCUCUGUUCUACUUGGGUCUCAUCCUGAUGGCUAUCGUAUGUCCGGCCUACUCAGCGUCUGUUCCAGAGAGGGAUCGGAGCAGAGAGAAGCGUGCUAUUCCCCUCAUGUAUGUUGGGCAAAUAGUGGCACCAUAUGUUUUCAGGGCCCUGGUGGCGGCGUAUGGAGCAGCUGUCGUGGCCGCAGCAGGAGUCAAACUAUCGAAAAGUAUUAGUAGCAGUAGGGACAAUGACAACCAUUCGUGUCGAGGUAAUAGUGGUUGGUGCCGAAGUUCAUGUUACCGCCGCGAACGAGAAUACAGAGGAAACUUGGGCGUCUGUGGGAGCUACAAGUGUUGUGUUACUAAAUCCGGCUAAAGGAGCGUUUGUACAUUAGACAACAGGCCAGAUUUCGAAUGGACACUGAAAUCAAUGUCAUUUGUCACCAAAUAUUAACCAUUCUAUGGCAUCGUCUCUAUAUGACCUUACCAACUGUAGGUGGGCGUUACCAACUCCUGGCGAUGAAUGUACGGUUAAGAAAUGGAGGCAUUGGAAAAAUAAAAGAAUGGAAAAUAAAGCUUCUGCUGUGGAAAAUUAACAAGUGUAACAUGUAUUUACCUCAUGUUUAUAUGAAUUAAAUAUUAGUUUUAAA